AUGGCUACAGAAGCUAAGUACAACAUUGUACGGGAAGUGGGCCGAGGGAGCUAUGGGGUAGUUUACGAGGCAGUUGUCAGUCAAACCAGAAACAAAGUGGCCGUGAAAAGGAUGCAUUGUAACGUACCUGAAAAUGUGGAACUGGCUUUGCAAGAGUUUUGGGCCCUGCAAAGUGUUCAGAGCCAACAUGAGAAUGUGAUCCAGUUAGAAGAGUGUGUCUUGCAGAGUGGCCAGGUCUUUCAGCCAAUCAGCCGCCAGUACAGGAAAUCGGACAGUCAUCUGCUGCUGAUUGAGACCUGUCUGAAAGGGCGGAGAUGCAUGGACCCCAAGUCUGCCUGUUUUGUGUGGUUUGUGAUGGAGUUCUGUGAUGGUGGAAACAUGAAUGAUUUUUUGCUGUCUCGCACUCCAGAUUCUCAGCUGAAUAAUAGCUUCAUGCAGCAGCUGAGCAGUGCUGUUGCUUUCUUGCACAGAAAUCAGAUUGUGCACAGAGACCUGAAGUCAGAUAAUAUUCUUAUUUCCCAUAGCCCUGGAGGUCCUGUAGUAAAGGUAGCAGACUUUGGCCUGAGUAAAAUAUGCCAGGGGAAAGUGAAUGUGAACCAGCAUUGCUUCUCGUCAGCCUGUGGGUCAAACUUUUACAUGGCACCAGAAGUGUGGGAAGGUCGUUAUACUGCCAAAGCUGAUAUCUUUGCCCUCGGGAUCAUUUUCUGGGCUAUGGUAGAGAGGAUUACCUUCAGGGAUGGAGACUCUGAGAAGGAAUUACUUGGAACCUACAUCUGUCAAGGCAAGCAGCUUAUUCCUGUUGGGGAGGCACUGCUGGAGAAUCCCAACAUGGAACUGCAAAUUCCUCUGAAGAACAAGAAGUCCAUGCCAGACGAUCUCUGCAGACUCCUGCAUGACAUGUUAACUUUUAACCCAAAGGAAAGACUGGAUGCCUUCCAACUAGAAAUUCGAAUCAGGAGAAUCUCAUAUGGGAAAAAGCGCCAACGUUCAUAG